UUUCGUUUUAUUUUAUUGUAGAGGGAAAAGCGAGAGUUUCCUUUCCCGCUCUCCUUUGGCCCCCUUUUCACAAUAAAGAGGCCACCGACAGAUCACCUGAUGGCUUCCGGUCCAAAAAGUUCCGAGCCGAACUCCCAGCCCGGAGACCCCGCUCCGAAUCCCAACAUCAGCCCUCAGGAAGAGCUGGACUUCUCCAUUUUAUUUGAUUAUGACUACACGAACCCGAUAGCAGAAGAACCGACUCCUUCACAUAAAAUCAUCAGCCCACCCACUGGAGUUACUUACCCUCAUGAUGAUGUCUCGGAUUAUGGCCUCAAGCCAUACACCCCCUUCGCUUUGCCUAGCCUUUCGGCAGAUCACAUGGGCAGAUACGGACAGCCAGAUAGCCUAGGGUCAAAAUGCUACUUGGACCCGGGCAAGGCUGCCGGUCCCCCUACUUUGAGCCCUAGGAUUGAGAUAACACCAUCUUAUGAACUGAUUCACUCGGGGGGUCCCUUCAGCAGCAGAGACACAGAUCUAUUGGUAGAGCAUCAGUCCAACUCAGCUACUGCUAGCCCAAGGUUUACCCUGCCUGUCCCUGGCUUUGAGAGCUACCGAGAACCGCUGUGCCUGAGCCCUCCUAGCAGCGGCUCCUCUGCAAGCUUCAUUUCAGAGACAAAUUUCUCUCCUUAUACCUCACCAUGCGUUUCACCAAAUAAUGGCCCUAGUGAUGACCUUUGUCCACAGUUUCAAAACACCCAUGCUCAUUAUUCCCCUAGAACCUCGCCAAUAAUGUCCCCACAAGCAACCAUCGUGGAGGAUACCUGCUUGGGGCCACGUUCAACAUCUCCACGUCCCAACUCAAGGUCGUCAUCGCCAGGAGCAAAGCGGAAGUACCCUUGCCCCGAGCUCUACGGGAGUCAGCAACCUUGCACUUCUCCACGGCAAUCGAGGAGCCCCUCUCCGCAGGCCUCUCCCCAGAUCCCCUUGAGAGAAGACGGCUCUUCAAUCACUUACACCCAGUUAUCCACCUCUUCCAGCCUCAUGGAUGCAAUGAGCAACCUCACCACCGAUCCCUCUUGCGGAGUCCCCACAAAAAUAUGGAGAACCAGCCCGGAACCUUCACCGAUGUCUUCCCACAAAGCCAGCAUGCCGUGUCACGUGCUUCAGCCUAUUGAAUACAUUGGGCCUUGCGAGCAGGAUGAUCGGAGAAACCCACCACCUGAGUCUAUCUUAUUAGUGCCGCCAUCUUGGCCAAAGCAGCUGAUGCCUGCAAUACCUAUCUGCAGCAUUCCCGUGCACUCCCUCCCACCACUUGAAUGGCCCCUCUCCAGCCAUUCUGGCUCUUACGAGCUGCGGAUUGAAGUGCAACCCAAACCCCACCACCGUGCCCACUAUGAGACGGAAGGGAGCCGAGGGGCAGUCAAAGCGCCAACAGGGGGGCACCCCGUGGUCCAGCUUCAUGGAUACAUGGACAACAAGCCCCUAGGUCUUCAGAUCUUCAUUGGGACAGCAGAUGAGCGGAUUCUUAAACCACAUGCUUUCUACCAAGUCCAUCGCAUUACAGGGAAAACCGUCACCACCACCAGCUAUGAGAAAAUAAUUGGCAACACCAAAGUGCUGGAGAUUCCCCUGGAGCCAAAAAACAACAUGAAAGCAACCAUUGACUGUGCAGGGAUCCUCAAGCUGAGAAAUGCAGACAUUGAACUGAGGAAAGGGGAGACGGACAUUGGUCGGAAGAACACCCGUGUGCGACUGGUCUUCCGUGUACACAUCCCGGAAUCCAGUGGCAGGAUUGUUUCCUUGCAAGUGGCAUCCAACCCCAUUGAAUGCUCCCAACGCUCUGCUCAUGAACUUCCGAUGGUCGAGACACAAGAUGUUGACAGUUGCUUAGUAUAUGGUGGACAACAGAUGAUCCUGACGGGCCAGAACUUUACUGCAGAAUCUAAGGUUAUAUUCACAGAGAAGACACCAGAUGGGCAACAGAUUUGGGAGAUGGAAGCCACCGUGGACAAAGAUAAGAGCCAGCCUAAUAUGCUUUUCGUGGAGAUACCAGAAUAUCGGAAUAAGCACAUUCGUUCCCCCAUCAAGGUGAAUUUCUACGUGAUCAAUGGAAAACGGAAAAAAAGCCAGCCACAACAUUUUACCUAUCACCCAGUGCCUUCCAUAAAAACAGAGCCCAUUGAUGACUAUGAUCCAGCUUUAAUCUGCAACACAGUACACAGUGGUCUAGGAACAGUAACACAGCCUUAUUAUUCCCACCAUACACUGGUCUCUGAGUCUCCUUCCUGUCUUGUGGCCACGAUGGCUUCUUGCCAGCAGUUGCGUUCCAGCCUGUCUUCUCCUGAAUCUCGAUAUCCUCAACAAACCCCAGGGGCUGUAAUAUACCAAAGAAGCAAGAGUCUCAGUCCUAGCCACCUUGGCUACCAGCAAUCCAGCUUGAUGGCUGCACAAGUUUCCAUUCCAGAUGUGCACAGGUCUGUGCUGGUGCACACAGGCUCUCCCAGCCAAAGCGCAGCAGUGCUCCACCAUUCUCCAGCCAAUCAGCAGUCUUCCCCCGUGAUUCACUGCUCUCCCACCACCAAUCAGCAGAUGAGGUGCGAAAGCCAUCAAGAAUUCCAGCACAUCAUGUGUAGUGAAAAUUUCACAUCUAGCGGAGUGAGAUCCAGCCAACCUCAGGUCAGCCAAGCACAAAGGUUAAGCCCGAUUUCGUACCCUACCGUGAUUCAGCAGCAGAGAACAGCCAAAAAUGGACCGCCAGUAAGCGAUCAGAAGGAAGCAGUGCCAACUGGAGUCACGGUUAAACAGGAACAGAAUCUGGACCAAGCGUAUUUGGAUGAUGAGCUGAUAGACACACACCUUAGCUGGAUACAAAACAUUAUAUGAGACAGAAUGACUGUGCUUUUUUGAACCAAGCAAUCAAAGCCCAAGUUAACGAAAUUAUCAGGAAAGAGUUUUCUGGACUCCCUGCCAGAAGUCAAACAUAGAAGAAGAGAUUUGCGCGACAACUUUUACUGAAUGCUUCCGUACCUGACCUCUUAGAUUCUUCUCCUGCCCUGCCAGCCUCCUGCUUCCUUAACUGAUCAUCUCAAGGCACCGGUUCAACACCAGGAACAAUGCACUGGCAUCAAACUGACAGCUUUGACUAAGCAGCUCGGCACCUCUCACUGUAAACAUCAAAAAGAACACUCUUCCUUUUGUCCAAAGAUCAUGUUGUUCUCAUGUAGCAACGCAUGUGCCUGACACAACCUAUUAAUAUGACUACACACACACACACACACACACACA